UGAUUGAUAAGUAGCAUAUUUCUUGUUUUUCUUUUCUAAAAAAAGGGAAAAACAAAAGAAAAAAGAGGUUGUCUUCAUCAUCAAAUCAUUGGGCAUUCGCAUUUGGCUGUGUCGUUUAGCCAUCGAAAUGUCUGGCCCCAACCUCCUGCUGCUGCUGCUGUUCAUCUCUUGCUAUAAUGUGGUCGUGCUCUUUUUCCAAGUUGAUGCAACUUUUGAAUUUGAUGAUGACUCGAAAAACAAUAAUAAUUCAGGGGUUUGGUUUGAGAUGUUCCACAUGCACUCCCCAAAACUAAAGUCCCAGAGCAAAUUUCUUGGACCGCCAAAGAGCCGGCUGGAUGGCACGAGGCAGCUGCUCCAGAGCGACAAUGCCAGGCGCCAAAUGAUUUCAUCCCUUCGCCACGGCACAAGGAGAAAGGCCUUUGAGGUAAGCCACACAGCCCAGAUUCCGAUACAUUCAGGCGCAGAUUCUGGACAGAGUCAAUAUUUUGUAUCCAUUCGUAUUGGGACUCCCCGGCCGCAAAAGUUUAUUUUGGUAACAGAUACAGGCAGCGAUCUCACCUGGAUGAAUUGCGAAUACUGGUGCAAAAGUUGCCCCAAGCCUAAUCCUCACCCUGGAAGGGUCUUUCGUGCUAACGAUUCUUCUUCUUUUCGGACGAUUCCAUGCUCUUCUGAUGAUUGCAAGAUUGAACUUCAAGAUUACUUCUCUUUGACUGAAUGUCCUAAUCCUAAUGCACCCUGCCUCUUUGAUUACAGAUAUUUAAAUGGUCCGAGGGCUAUAGGUGUCUUUGCCAACGAGACGGUCACGGUUGGACUUAACGAUCAUAAGAAGAUAAGACUAUUCGAUGUUCUAAUUGGGUGCACUGAGUCCUUCAACGAGACUAAUGGUUUUCCGGAUGGAGUGAUGGGUUUGGGGUACAGAAAGCAUUCUUUAGCUUUAAGAUUGGCUGAAAUAUUCGGCAACAAGUUCUCAUAUUGCUUGGUAGAUCACUUGAGUUCAAGCAACCAUAAGAACUUCCUCAGUUUCGGAGACAUACCAGAAAUGAAGUUGCCCAAAAUGCAGCAUACAGAACUGCUCCUUGGUUAUAUAAAUGCAUUCUAUCCUGUGAAUGUCUCCGGUAUAUCAGUCGGAGGUAGCAUGCUGAGUAUCUCAUCGGAUAUAUGGAACGUCACGGGUGUUGGUGGAAUGAUUGUUGAUUCAGGCACCUCCUUGACAAUGCUAGCAGGAGAAGCAUAUGACAAAGUGGUGGAUGCUUUGAAGCCUAUCUUUGAUAAACAUAAAAAGGUAGUGCCAAUUGAGCUGCCAGAGCUGAAUAACUUCUGCUUUGAAGAUAAGGGAUUCGACAGGGCCGCCGUACCAAGACUUCUAAUUCAUUUUGCGGAUGGGGCUAUAUUUAAGCCCCCAGUAAAGAGCUAUAUCAUUGACGUGGCAGAAGGGAUCAAGUGUCUUGGAAUUAUAAAGGCAGAUUUUCCAGGCAGCUCUAUAUUGGGUAACGUAAUGCAGCAAAAUCAUUUAUGGGAGUAUGAUCUUGGAAGGGGAAAGUUGGGUUUUGGUCCUUCCUCUUGUAUAAUGUCAAACUCAAACUCAAAGCAUGAUUAGAGAUUAUCUUUUUAUUAUAAUUAUUUUAUAAUCAAAUUUAAUUUACAGCCUAAUCUGGGAAACACUUAGGAGUUGCACCUUGUUUAUGCCCAGCUAAUCGGCAGAAUAAUGAAGUUACCGAUUCUUAUUA